UCUUUCUCUCUCACACACACACUCGCACUGGCUCGGCUGUUCAGAUUCCCUGAUUUAAAAACCAAGAAAAUAAUCGUUUAUUGAUUCAUCGCGUCGGACAGUAUGGCCUCUGGUGUCACAGUCAGUGAUGAAGUUAUCAGAGUCUUCAAUGACAUGAAAGUACGGAAGUCUUCGAGCUCAGACGAGGUGAAAAAGCGUAAAAAGGCAGUGCUGUUCUGCCUCAGCGACGACAAGAAGAAGAUCGUCGUAGAGGAGGGCAAGCAGAUCUUAGUUGGAGACAUUGGAGACAGUGUCGAUGACCCCUACGCCUGCUUCGUGAAGCUCUUACCUCUCAAUGACUGCAGAUACGGCUUAUACGAUGCCACUUAUGAAACUAAAGAGUCCAAGAAAGAAGACUUGGUAUUUAUAUUUUGGGCCCCUGAAGGUGCGCCGUUAAAAAGCAAGAUGAUUUAUGCUAGCUCGAAAGAUGCCAUUAAGAAGAAGUUUACAGGUAUCAAACAUGAAUGGCAGGUUAAUGGUUUAGACGACAUCCAGGACCGCACAACCCUGGCAGAGAAGUUGGGCGGAAACGUGGUCGUAUCGCUGGAGGGGAGACCAUUGUAAACUCAACAACAGCCAUGUGCCAUCUGGAUUCCACACGCUCUCAUCUUAGCAGCUGUCUCUAUCAUAUGAUCAUGAAGGAAUAAUCCUAGUUUGUCUUUAUUUCUUUUUUUUUUCAAAUUAAAGAGAUCUCAUUAACAUAUGUAAGAAAAGCCUACCAGUUGAAUGCUAGCUUACUUUUGCAGUUAGCUUUUAUACGUCCCUGAAUAAUUUUCUGUAUCCCUCUUUGUGUUUUGCCAAACAACAGUAGAAAGCAUGGAUGAUCAGUUAUUAAGAGUUGAUAUCUUUAUGAUGUAUUCACAGAGAUAUGCUAUUCUGCUGUAAGAGAACUGUAUGUGAAUGCUGUACAUUCAUGCCUCACAGCAAUGCGUUAACAAGCACUUCACGCAUUUGAAACUAUUUAUUUGAACUCUUCUACCUAAUUUGGCUUUUUUGACAUGGCGAACACAUUUAGUUCAUGCAGAUAAACAAAGCACUUUUGGUUUUUACACUACCAGUUGAAGGAGGACUCUGGAAUUUCUUUGUCUGUCAGCCUUGAAUAGAAGUUAGCACAGUUUUCAUUCCUGUUACACAUAUGGACAUAAACAGAUGGGUUCUGAACUCUUCCACUGCUGCGUUUGAUUCAAACGCACCUCUGAACGUGAAGGCCGAGCUGCUUGGAAUGAUCUGGGUUUUUUUUUUAACACUACAUGAAAACACAAUAUUAUCUGUAAAGAUGGCAAUAUUUGCAGCCUGAAGUGAAACAUUGUUUUUGAGAUUGAGGAAGGUGCCACUUUGAAAUAAAAUGUUGUGGCAGAA